AUGAGCCCCAAGAAAACUCGGUCGAAUGUCUAUCAGAUUUGCAUAAAGAUUCUGAAAGCGAAACAUUUGCCCCAAAAUGCAAAUCCUAUGGUCGUGGUUAAAGUGGGAAAUCGGAGGAAAAAAACGGUGGUUCGUGAAAGAACGGACUCACCAAUCUAUAAUGAAUAUUUCGUGUUCGAUCUUUUUUGCAACUUAAACGAACUUUUAAGCACUAAAAUUACGAUAGCUGUAUAUCUGAAGGGUUAUUUACGUCUCAAGUUUCAUGGAAGUACGACUUUCGAAGUUGCUCUCGUUUGGGAUCAACCAGAUCAUAAAUAUUAUCACAAAUGGGCAAUGCUGACAAAUCCAAAGGAUGUUUCUGCGGGACCGAAAGGUUACGUCAAAUGUAAUAUCGCGAUUAAUGUGAAAGGAGAGAAAUUGAAAGUACAUCCGGAUACAGAGGGCGAGGACGACAUCGAAGGGAACCUCUUGUUGCCUGUCGGUGGCGAAUUUCUACCCUAUAGGCAACGAGCAUGCUACAUUUUUACGAUUUAUCGAGCUGACGGGUUACCAGAUAUGAGCAGCCUAUGCGUAAAAAAUGAUUUCGAAAAUAUUAACCCGUUCGUGCAGAUAUCGUUCGCUGGAAUGAAGGAAACGACGAGCGAAGCGUGGCAAACCUACAGGCCGCGAUUUAAUGAAAAGAUUACGUUCAGAGAAAUGUUCCCAUCACUGUGUCAACGUGUCAGGAUUGCUAUCAAGCAUCGUGUUAAUAGCUGUCGAACGUGUGUCGUGGCUUCUUACAUUCUCAACAUGAGCAAAAUAUCGAAUUCUGGGGAGUAUGGUUUCCUACCGACUUUUGGGCCAUCGUUCCUUCACUUUUAUGGGUCCGGGACUACAGAAAGGAACAGCUGUUUCGGCAAGUGCUCGAUAGCCCUUCCUUUUUAUCGCGGUAGAGUUCUUCUCUCCUUAAAAACUGAAAUGGAUGACUCAGAAACAACAACGGCUGAAAUCAGUGCUGAAAGAGAGCUUGCGGUUCCUAUUAUCGAGAGAAGCUUGUGGAAGACGGAAGAAUAUUACCUGGUCACUGUGUUAUACGAUAUAAGUAUGAUCGAUCGGGGAAAAUUUUGGACGAAAUCGAUAAGCUUCGAGGUUAGCCUCGGGAAUGCCGGUAACAGACAAUUUGCUCGCAGCCAAUGCUUUGAGGACAACAACGAUGGAAACCAGAUGCCAGACCGUAAACCGGAGUUCGAAAGCGAGACCCUGCCACGAUUGACUGGAACAUUGGAUGGCAAAUAUAAUUACGUGCCUCUUGGCUCGCGAAAGCCCUGCCUCUAUGUUAGAUCUUGGUGGCCGAAUCUCGAUUGGCGAAUGCACAACAGUAACAGCUUGGCUUUCAUCGCUGAUUUCCUAGAGCAGAAGUUGGAACAACUAGAGGACAUGGUCGAGCUCCAACAUCCAGACACUUACAAAUUCUACAACGAGAUGAUUCGUACCAUGAAGAGCCAUUGCAUACAUUAUUUGCAUACAUUAGACACGAGGCGAUACGACGACGAAGGUGGCACCACGAAGCUCGAUCGCCAUCGCGUGAAUCUAUGCCGUAAAGAGAUUGAGAAUAUCCUGAAGAGGAUCAAGAUCAACGGCGAACUUCCCAGUAAUCACUACACGAGAAUCGCAAUGGCACAUGCGUAUCAGUAUCUGGCUAAAGUGAAAAAGCUACGGGAAGACCCCCAGCAUGGCCUGCCUGACGUUUUCAUUUGGAUGAUAGCCGGCUCGAAACGAGUGGCGUACGCGCGAUUUCCAGCCGAACGAAUUAUUUAUUCAGAAGAAAUGACCGAGAAGGGAUCAUUAUGCGGUCAGAAGGUUGACGUAUUUUUGCUACAUCCACGGGAUGAGGAAGGUGCCGAUUACAUGGCCUGCAAGCUUGAAAUUUUCCUGUGGCUUGGAAACGCCGAGUAUAUAGGAGCUUGUUGGGCCUCGAUUCCACCUGGUUACAAGGUGGACCAUGAGAGAAACAUUGAUUCGUUUCCCAAAUAUUUGGAGUACACACGUUCCACGACAUUUCAGUUGCGAGCUCACAUAUUCCAAGGUCGCUUUGAUCCCGGCAUGGAUGCAUCCGGUUUAUUGGAUCCGAUCGUGCGUGUCACUUUUCACGGUUACACGGCCUCCACCAGAAUUAUUAAGCAGACACUGGAUCCGUUCUGGGAUCAAACUUUGAUACUACCGCCGAAAACUAUUCAUGGGACGAAGGAGUACAUUAAAUCAAAUCCGCCUAGAGCGAUUUUGCAAGUGUACGAUGAGGAUAUAUGCGGCUUCAAGGAGUUCUGCGGGAGAUGCACAACUAUCCCAUUAGUUAAACUGGCGGAGGAAACUUACUCGCCGCCUAAUUUCCCUCCGAAACUCGAGUGGUACAAAUUUAAAUCGCAAAGGGAUUUCAGCGGCUCAGUGCUCGCUGCUUUCGAGCUCAUAGAGACGAUGGACGACAAGUCUGUGGACAAAAUUAUGGACUCCUCAAUGCAAGACGUCAUUUACAACAUACCGGAAGACAUCAGACCAAAAAUGACGAGUUACAGGCUUGAAGUUAUAUUUUGGGGCGUACGAGACAUGAAGAAGAUUAAUUGCAUGCCGGUGUUAAACCCUCAGAUUGUUAUAGAGUGUGCCGCCGUUCAAGUCAAGUCAGAAGUGAUGCAGAAUGCCAAGAAAUUCAGUAACUACAAGCAGACGUAUGUUGUCGUCGAACUGGACAUGCCAGAGCUCGAUAUCUAUUAUCCCUGCAUCACAAUAAAAGCUUACGACUCACGAGGAUUUGGAUGCUUCAAAUACGUCGGGAUUUGCAUAAUACCCAGCAUUUACGUCUUUCUCGAGCAAUUAAUAACAGAGGAGGAUUACGACGCGCGUAUACACGGCACCAAAUCGAUUUUGAAAUCUCAAUGGACUAAAAGACAAUCUGUCACGAUUUGUAAGUUCCUUCUUACGAAUGGUGUUAUACCUAUGAUGAACAUAAACGUUAUUUCCUAUGCACCUUUGCCGAUCGAUUACGAUCCAUUGAAAGAAGACGAGAACAAGGAGUUGAUACCGUACAAGAAGAUGUACAAGAAGAAAUCAUGGAUUAGGAAAAUGUUACGGUCCUUAAAGAAGAUUUUCGCGCAUGUGAUACCAAGAAAAAAAAAGAAAAAGAAAAUGGAUUACUAUAAGCCAGAGGAGGAUCAGUCUCUCGACUGGUGGAGUAAAUACUUCGCUUCGAUGGAGCGCAUUUUCACCAGCUCAGCUGUCUCAUUGGACGGGAAACAGGUAUACAACGGAGAACUGGAGAUGCAACCGCAAUUCGCCGGCUUUCAGGAUCGUCUGAGAUCGUUCGAACUAUGGAAGGGGAAGAAGAGCGAGGAUCCCGACUACGAUACAGACAAUUACGUUGGAAAGUUCAAGGGACGCAUUUGUGUAUAUCACUGGCCGCACCCGAACAACUUGCCCUGCAAAACGAAAAGCGGUAGAAACGCGGCUAAUGGUCUGUGUGGCGAUUAUCCACAAUCGGAUCCCAUCAAAUUUCUGGUCAGACUUUACGUCGUGAAAGGUAUCGACUUGCAGCCUAGCGAUCCUCUCAGCGGAAAAUCUGACCCGUAUCUGUGCGUCAAGCUUGGAAAAACGUUUAUCAAUGAUAAAAAGAAUUACAUACCGAAUCAGCUAAAUCCAAUUUUCGGACGGCUCUUCGAGAUAGAAGCCACUUUCCCUCAAGAUUACAUGAUGAUCAUACAAGUAUGGGACUACGAUGCAACUACGACUGACGAUUUAGUAGGACAGACGAAGAUCGACUUGGAGAAUCGGUUCUAUAGCAGACACCGAGCUACUUGCGGUAUUUCCAAGACGUACAACGAGGGAGGGUACAAUAAGUGGAGAGACCGCGAAAGACCGACGCAAAUACUCGAGCAACUUUGCAAAAGGAACAAUCUCCCAUUGCCGGAGUACCGGAAGCAUUACGUGAAAAUUGGACGAAAAAGAUUUCCAUUCGUCAACGAGCAAGCGGAAAACGGUACAUUUUAAAAAUUAAUCAGGCAAGAAUGUAUGGCACUGAACGUCCUUCAUCAAUGGCAAGAUUUCCCCAUUUGUGGCUGCGUCCUGGUACCGGAACACGUUGAAAGACGUCCGCUUUUUAAUGCCACCAGACCCGGAUUGGAGCAGGGUAAAUUGGAACUUUGGAUCGACAUGUUUCAAUCUAGCGAGCUUCCUCCAAAACCAGCAGUGAACAUCAGUCCACCUGUACCAGAGGAAUAUGAAAUCCGUGUGAUCGUUUGGAACACAGAGGACGUGCCUCUCGUCGACAGCCAAUUUCUUACCGGAGAGAAGUGUUCCGAUAUUUACGUGAAAGGCUGGAUUGUUUACGACGAUUAUCAAAGAACUGACAUUCAUUAUAAUUCCUUAACCGGAGAGGGCAAUUUCAAUUGGCGAUUUAUAUUUCGCGUUAUGUAUUGCAAGGGUGAGCGUGUUAUGAUCGUACGUAAAAAGACAUCCAUCUUUGCUAUGAGCGAAACCGAGGACAAACUGCCAUGUAGAUUACACCUGCAAGUUUGGGACAGCGAUCAUUUCUCUUCGGACGAUUUUCUCGGAGCAUUAACGUUGGAUUUAGCCAAGAUGCCACGGGGAAGUCCAAAUUCUAAAAACUGUACUUUAGAGCUACUCAAUCCGAAUCUACCAACGAUCGAUAUGUUCAAAGUGACACGAAUCAAAGCUUGGUGGCCAUUGGAGCGUAGCAUGAACGCAGCCCAAUACGUCCAGGCGGGUAAAAUUGAACUGGAAAUAUCAAUAUUGCAAGCGAAGGAGGCUGAUGAGCAACCUGCGGGCAAAGGAAGGGAUCCACCUCAAAAUCUUCCUGCACCAAACCGACCGGAUACUUCGUUCUCCUGGUUCCGGAACCCGUGGAAAGCAUUUCGUUACGUUGUCUGCCGGUACUAUAAAUGGAGGAUAAUAGGCUUCUUCAUGUGUGUGUUGAUAGUAUUGUUGGCAGGCUGUGGAAUUUACGCUUUCCCUGGUUAUUUUGUGAAGCGCCUCCUUGGUGCUUGAAUCGGUUAACGAGGAAAAGAAAACGAUGGAAUCGGGAACCAUUGCAGUUGCUCGGUCGUAAAUCAUGAAUUGUGUCGUAGCAUGAAACAUCGAUUCUGACUACUUCAUGAUAACACGUUCGUUAUUUCGGCACUGUUAAUUGUUGGAUAACACGAUC